AUGUUUUUCUCUCUCACUCCAUCUCUCUCAUUGGACGAGUCUUAUCCUGUCCGUCUCUUAUUUAUUGACUCUCACUUUCUCUCUCUCACUCUCACUCUCUUUCUCUCUCUCUCUCACUCUUUCUCUCUCUCUUUGAUGACCUUUCACCGUUUUCUUUAUUCAUCAACUCCCGCUCCUUACUUUUUUCUACUGAUCUCACUUACAUUCCAUUUCGAGUCUUUAUUCCUUUCUUUUUUUUUCUUUUCUUUUUUUCCCUUUUUUUCUUUCCCCCACGCAAAUCAAUUAUUCUAUCCCUCUCUCUCUCUCUCUCUGGUUUCUAGCAUCCUAUCUUUCUUUCUUUCUUUGUACGUAUCUAUCUAUCUAUCUAUCUAUCUAUGUUCUUAUAUAUCUAUGUUCAUACUUAUCUAUCUUCUUAUCUUUGUUUUUACUGAUCUGUGUUCAUACUUAUCUAUCUAUCUAUCUAUCUAUCUAUCUAUCUAUCUAUCUUUGUACUUAUCUAUCUAUCCUAGUUUGUUCAUAUCUAUCUAUCUAUCUAUCUAUCUAUCUAUCUAUCUAUCUCUGCUCAUACUUAUCUAUCUAUCUAUCUAUCUAUCUAUGUUUAUACAUAUCUAUGUUCAUACUUAUCUAUCUAUCUAUCUGUCUUUGUACUUAUCUAUCUAUCUAUCUAUCUAUCUAUCUAUCUAUCUAUCUAUCUAUCUAUGUUUUACAUAUCUAUUACUUAUCUUCAUAUGUCUUUUGUAUUUAUCUAUCUUUCUAUCUAUCUAUCUAUCUAUCUAUCUAUCUAUCUUUAUACAUAUCUAUGUUCAUACUUAUCUAUCUAUCUAUCUAUCUAUCUAUCUAUAUGUCUUUGUACUUAUCUAUCUAUCUAUCUAUCUAUCUUUAUACAUAUCUAUGUUCAUACUUAUCUAUCUAUCUAUCUAUCUAUCUAUCUAUCUAUCUAUCUGUCUUUGUACUUAUCUAUCUAUCUAUCUAUGUUUAUACAUAUCUAUGUUCAUACUUAUUUAUCUAUCUAUCUAUCUAUCUAUCUAUCUAUCUAUCUAUCUAUCUAUCUCACCUGUUUCCAUAUAUCUAUCUAUUAGCCUGUUUCCACAUAUCUAUCUAUCUAUCUAUCUAUCUAUCUAUCUAUCUAUCUAUCUAAUAGCCUGUUUCACAUAUCUAUCUAUCUAUCUAUCUAUCUAUCUAUCUAUCUAUCUAUCUAUUAGUCUGCUCCCACAUAUCUAUCUAUCUAUCUAUCUAUCUAUCUAUCUAUCUAUCUAUCUAUCUAUCUAUCUAUCUGUUGUGUAUGAUACACCUAAUUUACAUAAGUGGAGUACCGACCAUAUAAAUAUGGCUUCAACACUAUCUAUCUAUCUAUCUAAUAGCCUGUUUCCACAUAUCUAUCUAUCUAUCUAUCUAUCUAUCUAUCUAUCUAUCUAUCUAUUAGUCUGCUCCCACAUAUCUAUCUAUCUAUCUAUCUAUCUAUCUAUCUAUCUAUCUAUCUAUCUAUCUAUCUAA